AUGGAUCAAGAAAACCAAAGCGCGCGCACGCCAUCCGGACAAGAGGAAGAAGUCGUCGGAACAGCAGCCUCCGCACCCGCCCAGCAAGACAUGUUGCCACCAGGCUGGCAAGAACUCGUCGACAACGAAGGCCGGACGUAUUACGCGAAUCACGCCACUAGAACGACGACCUUUGAGCGACCCGAAACGCUGCCAGACGCCUCAACAUUUGAUCUUCCACCUGGCUGGGAAGUGCGACGCAACCCUGAAGGCGUGGCGUAUUACGUCGAUCACAGCACUCGCACGACUACCUUUGAAAGGCCGGAAACUCGAUCAGAGGCUGCGUCUGGUGAUUUACCGGCUGGUUGGGAGUUGUUGCGCACACCGGACGGCGUGGCGUAUUUUGCUGAUCAUAACACCCGUACUACGACGUUUGAGGAUCCGAGGAGGGCAUAG